ACACUUGGUAAAUGUUUGUUGGUACUAAUGUUACAGAAAGUUGAGGAGAUGGAUGGAGGCAACCAGAGUGAGGACUCAGAGUUCCUACUCCUUGGACUCUCAGAGAGUCCUGAGCAGCAGCGGAUCCUGUUUUGGAUGUUCCUGUCCAUGUACCUAGUCACGGUGGUGGGAAAUUUGCUCAUCAUCCUGGCCAUCGGCUCAGACUCCCACCUGCACACUCCUAUGUACUUCUUCCUGGCCAACCUGUCCUUCACUGACCUCUUUUUUGUCACCAACACAAUCCCCAAGAUGCUGGUGAACCUUCAGUCCCAAAACAAAACCAUCUCCUACGGAGGAUGUCUGACACAGCUCUACUUCCUGGUCUCCUUGGUGGCCCUGGACAACCUCAUCCUGGCAGUGAUGGCCUAUGCCCGCUAUGUGGCCAUCUGCCGCCCCCUCCACUACACCACAGCCAUGAGCCCUAAACUUUGUAUCUUGCUUCUUUUCUUGUGUUGGGUUCUAUCUAUUUUCUAUGGCCUCAUUCACACCCUCCUCAUGACCAGAGUGACCUUCUGUGGGUCACGGAAAAUCCACUACAUCUUCUGUGAGAUGUAUGUCCUGCUGAGGUUGGCAUGUUCCAACACCCAAGUCAAUCACUUAAUGCUGAUUGCCACAGGCAGCAUUAUUUUCCUCGCCCCCUUUGGGUUCAUGAUCAUGUCCUACGUAUGGAUUGUCAGAGCUAUCCUCAGAAUACCCUCAGCCUCUAAGAAGUACAAAGCCUUCUCCACCUGUGCUUCCCAUUUGGCUGUGGUCUCCCUCUUCUAUGGAACCCUUUGUAUGGUAUAUCUGAAACCCCUCCACACUUACUCCAUGAAGGACUCAGUAGCCACAGUGAUGUAUGCUGUGGUGACCCCCAUGAUGAACCCUUUUAUCUACAGCUUGAGGAACAAGGACAUGCAUGGGGCUCUGGGAAGACUUCUAAGGAAACCCUUUCAGAGGCUGACAUGA